AUGCUAUCGUUCCGUACAAAGGGAUACAACGGUUAUGGUGUCCAGUACUCACCAUUUUUCGAUAAUAAACUCGCCGUAGCUACAGCUGCUAACUAUGGUCUCGUGGGGAAUGGACGACUAUUCAUCUUAGACAUCGGACCCAAUGGCCAAAUUACGAGUCCAAUAUCAUGGGAAACGCAAGAUGGAUUAUUUGAUUUAGCUUGGAGCGAAAUGCACGAAAACCAAUGCGUGGUGGCUAGUGGAGAUGGUCUGAUUAAAUUGUUUGAUCGAACGGUUUCUCAAUUUCCUAUAAUGCAAUGGAAGGAACAUCAACGAGAGGUGUUUUCAGUGAAUUGGAAUUUAGUAGAUAAAUCAAAUUUUGUUACAUCUAGCUGGGACGGAAGUAUAAAGAUCUGGGCGAGUCAGAGACAGGAGUCGUUACUUACUUUGAACCCAACUGGCACUGACUAUACGACUGUUGCUGCACCAAUUGCAUCAACUGCGCAACCACCACUUCUGCAUCAACAACACCAUCAACGAAACCAACAUAAUAGUACAAAGAACUGUAUUUAUUCAGCCCAGUUUUCUCCACACUCGCCCUCAAUGCUUGUUUCAUGUACUGGCGCAUCACAAGUGCAAAUUUGGGACAUUCGAACCCCACAUCCACUACAAUUGCAUUUUGUAUCACAUGACGGGCUAGAAACGCUUUCAGUUGAUUGGAAUAAAUACAAGUCAACGGUUAUUGCAUCAGGAGGAACUGACAAGUCAGUUAGGGUAUGGGAUCUAAGAAUGGUUUCCAAUUUAGACCAACCAUCAGCUCAUUCGCCAAUGCCACUGCAUCAUCAUCGAGGUCCUAGUGCUUUGAAUCAAUUUGUGGGUCACGAGUUUGCCGUAAGGCGAGUUCAAUGGUCUCCUCAUAAUGGGAAAGAAUUACUCAGUACAUCCUAUGAUAUGACGGCUAGAGUAUGGAGAGAUGAACUGGAUGAACGAGCAAGAUUUUUGAAUACCAAAACAGGUGGUUUGAUGGGUGUGUUUAAUAAGCAUAGGGAGUUUGUCAUAGGCUGUGAUUAUAGUUUAUGGGGAGAGCCCGGAUGGUGUGCCACUACUGGUUGGGAUGAAAUGGUGUAUGUAUGGGAUUCAAAGAGACUAUGA